ACCCCCCCAUCCCCUACACUGGACCGCAGGCCGUGGCUGGGAUCAUCUGGGCCUCUGCUCCAGUAGGAACAGAUAAAAACACAAAACAACGAUAAAGUAGAUCAGACUUUUUUUGGUGUUUUCAGUGCAUCUUGUUUCGUUUGCUGCUUUAUUCAAACUCCCAAAAGUUCCCGGAGAUGAUUUAGCUGCCUGCUGCGAGUACUUGCUCUGCGACUGCGGCAGCUUUAAACCCCGCAACCCCGCCCCUCCGACACUAUCACAUGAAUCUGGACCGACCGAGCGCUGGAUGGGAAAAGUUUACAAGUCUCGGUGAAGCGGCUCUUCUCCAACCAGCGCGUGCUGCCCCGGUUCUGGAGGAUCUUUGGAUUUUCUCUUGAGUUUCGACACCAGAACAAGUAAAAAAAAAAAACUGUUGACAUGGACGCGCACCGUGGCGGCGCGCCUCCAGCGGGGCAGCAGGUCGUGCACGUCCGCGGGGACUCGAAGACGGAGCUGGAGGCCCUGUUCAGCGCCGUGAUGGACCCCGGCAAGGCGUCCAGGCAGCCCCAGUCCCUGCCCAUGAGGAUGAGGAAGCUGCCGGACUCCUUCUUCAAGCCUCCGGAGCCCCGGGGACACUCCAGACAGGCCAGUUCAGACGGAGGUGUGUGUGGCUCCCUCGCUCCUCAUCACGUCCGCGCUCAUUCCUCCCCUGCCUCCCUCCCCGUCAACUCCCUCACAGCACAAGCAGAUGCAGAUGUAGCUGCCACUCCGAUCAUACCCGAUGACGUGCCACUCCCCGACGGUUGGGAACUGGCCAAAACGCUUACUGGCCAACGGUAUUUCAUCAAUCACCUGGAAAAGACAACCACAUGGCUGGACCCCCGGCUUUCACAGCUUCAGUCCACUGCAGCCCAGCACCCCAUCUCCUGCGCCCCAAUCCACACCCACUCCUUCAGCAACCCAGCUCCCACCACGCAAGCACAACACAUCCAUCCAGAGACAGGUCCACUGCCUGAAGGCUGGGAGCAGGCUGUGACUGCAGAUGGAGAGGUGUACUACAUCGAUCACAUAAAUAAGAACACCACAUGGGUCGACCCGCGUCUAGCUCAGAAGAUGAACCCAGCCAUCCUUGGCUUGGCAAUGCAGCAAAGGCAAGAAAAGGAAAGGCUCAGAUGCAAGCAAGGCCUUCCUCCUCAGAUCACACCACAGGAUGCAGCAGGAAGGAACCAGAUUCCCAGGGGCAUGGACCACGACAGGAGCGCACAAAUGCUGGUCCCAUCGGUGGAUGCCAGAAUCCGAGCCCUGAACCAAGAACCUACUCUCAACGGGGCUCACUCUCGUAACGAGAGCACCGACAGCGGUCUGAGCGUCAGCAGCCUCCCACGCACAUCAGAUCACUUGCUGAGCUCCGUGGAUCAUAUGGACACUGGUGACUCCAGCGAGCCUUCGUCAGUGACCAUGCAGGAGACGAUGCCCGUGCUGCCAAUAACUGAAGGUGAGGAGCUGAUGCCCUGCAUCCCCGAUGGUUUGAAUUCAGACCUCCUGAUGGACAUGGAGACCGUUCUCUCUGGGCCACACAUGGACAGAGACAGCCUUCUCACCUGGCUAUAGAUGUCCACCACCUGCUCAAGUAUGCUUUAACAUUACAUGACUGAGAAAUUCUGGAGGACUUUUGGAUUCAAACUUGGUACAGAGAACAAGUUUCUGACAUUCACUCCCUGAAGAAUGAAUGAGAAACAAAUGUAGACUCACAGAAGAUGGUGGGCUGCUGGUUUUCUCCUUUUUGGGGUCUUGUUAGAUGGAUACACCAGUCGUUGACAUGAUGGUGUGUUUAAAAGGUGAGUUUUAAAACAUUACGCCCAUUUUUCACAUUUAUUGGCAGCAAACCAGGGUCAUAUCUAGAAAAGUGUUGCUUUUAUACGAACUUAACCACAUAAACCGUGUUAGGAAAGAAGUCUCAUAUCUACUUUGUUUCUUACAUAACCUGCAGGAACAAUCAGCUAAAUUUAGUUCUAAACAAUCACAAACUUUUGAAUUUGUUACACAUGUUCACAGACGUAGUCCUCUCUGUGCAUUAACACUUGAAACACCCGUUGAUCCCAUUCGUUACUCAAAACCCCGCAUUUAAAAUAUGACAUAAAGGUCAUGGUCUGAAAUGAGCCAAAAAGAUCGAAGCGAGUAUUACCAACAAGUGCAGAUUUGUUUAAAUGUGUCUUCUCUCAAAAAAGCGGCAGACAAAGGAUGUCUUCUGAAAACAAACACAUGAUCCAGCUCAGUGCAGCCGAUUCCUCCGGUCGUUAGUUGGUUUCAACUUCUGUCCCUUUUUCUGCUCCAGUGAAUGAUUUUUCUAUAAAUGACUAAAGUGUGUUUAUUAUUAUUUACCACAGUUGUAAGACGGUUUCUGAGAACUGCUGCCUAUCAGAAGGUUGCUUCAUUUUCUGUAGGUCAACCUGCUUUUCUGGAAACAGCGACCUCUAGUGGAUGCCUGGGCCUCCUUCCUCCUCUAACCCCUCAUGUGGACAUUAAAUUCUUCAGUUUUUCUAGUGACGGCUUUAAACAUUCCUAAGAUCCACUUCCUUUUUGAAACUUUAACUCAUUUAAUGACUCUUUUGUUUUUACCAGCUGUGGUAAACACUGUUCCCUUGUCGUAGACCACACACCGACUAACCCCCUGACUGAUUCUCUGGAGUUUUGACGCUCUCCUUUCAGUCAUCUGUUUGUUUUCAGCUUUUAAAAGCGAUUUACUUUGUUUCUGCCUGGUGAUGAAGCCACUACAGCACCGUGCUCAAGAGAAAUCAAGCUCUUCAAACCAAAACGAGUUAAAUGAGAUGAGGUGAAUGGCACGAUCCUUUAAAACUACAAAUCUGUACAUUUUAAAUUGUACUUCAGUCAUUUAGAAUUGUGAAAAAAGAAUUAUGCAUUUAAAACUAUUUGUUAUUUGGUUGCCCUGGUAUGGAAUAGCAUCUUUUUGGGGGGGCACUCAUGCAUUUGUGGAUUUCAUGUGAUGCAAGAACAAUCAAGGCAGGAUUUUAGCGGCCUCCACUGACAAACAAGUGUUUUUAUUAUUAUUAAAUUGUUUGUUUACCACAACUUUACAGAACAACGAUUCCUUGUGAUCUUUGACAUUAAUAAAUCAUCACACCAACUGUGCUUUUAGAUAUUGUAUUCUAAUUUCAAACUCAAUCAGGUGCAGGCAGAGCUCUUUUCUUCUCCUGUAACAAGCAUAUCGUCUGUUUUACCUGCUUGUUUUUGUUCUUUCUUGCACUGUGUCUAUUUUUGAGUUGACUGUUGAGAUGUUAGCUUUUGGUGAGAGCAUUUCUCCUAGCCACCUUUCUUGUUUUUAUUGUAUUUUAAAUAUAUGCAUGGAGGAAUAAGCUUCACCACAUCCAGAAUGGAAAGCCGGUCUGCUCAUCCUGAUCUAAGUGCCAAAGACGUGAUCACACACACUCUCACACACACACACACACACACACACACACACACACACACACACACACACACACACACACACACACACACACACACGAUGAAACACACUACCUAGCCUUUUAUUUAUCUUAGCAUGCAUGACACUUGCAAUGUACUGUUUGUUGCAUAUAAUGACAUUUAUUAUUCUAUUCACAAGAGUUUUGAAGCUAUCAAACCUUUUUUACUUGUUUAUGCAUGAUUUUCAGUGUAACCAUUUUUAAAGGAGUUUCUGUUUAAUAAACCUUUAAAUACA